CUCAACGGAAUCGGAGAAGGGGUUGCUUUAUACGGUGAUGAUUGAAUCUUCACCAUCUUGGAAGCGUAGAAGGUUCAUUGCUGUUUCUCCUAUGGAAUCAGAAUUCGCUAAGCACCGCGUGUGAGAAAAUUGCGUUAUAACUGUACUCCAUAUUUUACUCAAGAACCCUAGCCUUCGGGAUGUGUCGGCCUGAAAUUUUGUUUGAAUUACGUCACUUCUUUGAAUUUAUCUCGACACUACAGGGUAAGCUUGCUGCUGCUAGAGAAAAGUAUGGACGAGAUAUCCGAGUGUUUGAAACAUCUCUGGCUUCUGCAACCCCUUCAAAUGUUUCUGAUACGGAAGAGGCAGAUGACUUUUACGAGUUCACAGCAGAGGAUUAUUUUCGGGUUUUGGCUUCUAAAAAAGAAGAUAAACACUUGAAGACAAGAAAGAUCCGGGAAGCAGAGGAGGCUGCUAGAAGAUCAAGGAUACCAAAGCAAGCGGUGAUCAGAGUGCGUUUCCCUGACAAUUUUACACUAGAGGCCUCGUUUCAUUCAUCCGAGACAAUUCAAACUUUAUUUGAUCUCCUGACCAAAGUGAUUGCUCGCCCUGAUUUAUCGUUCUAUCUAUACACCACGCCCCCAAAGAAGCAAAUUAAGGAUUUUUCCCUGGACUUCUAUUCUGCUGGCUUUGUACCUGGUGCAAUCGUGUACUUUGCAUAUGGGGUGCCCAAAGGUGAUGAUGGUGCAUACACAGGUCCCUCCCUUCAAGAAGAGGUUGUGUCGUUGAAAGGUCUGGAAUUUGUAGCACAAGAGGCGGCUACUGAGCCAACACCUGUGGAAGCGGCUGCAACGAGUCCCUCUGUCGUUCCUGAGCAGACCGAACAAAAGCGGAGUGAGAAGAAGCAGGUGGGCAAGCCGAAGUGGUUGAAAAUGUGAGCCGUUAAGUCACCCUGUGAAUAUUUUAUAAAAAUUCAAAUCUACUGGUUGUAUGAUGGGAUUAUGCUCUGAAAAUGUAAUGUUUGGUUAAAGAUCUUGUCUAUGAUUGAGAUUUGAAUAAAAUUAUUGGAAGUUGGACAAGGCAUUCUUGAUACCGCUUGUGGUGCUCGAAUUUUGUAUUUUACUCUUAUCAUAUAUGUUAUAAAGCAAAAGUGUAUGAAUAUGUUUUGUUAUCAA